AUGGCGCGCGCGCUUCUCGUCGUCUCCGUUCUCUUGCCCCUGAUUGCAACCUUUUGCAACGGGUAUGAACUCAUUCCCCCGGGGCCGAAAGAGGUCUUCAAAAGCGGAGGGGGAUCCCUCCAGCGGUGGGGCCCCUCUGAGACUCUAGAGAAGUGGGCGGGGGUAGGGGUGGUGGAACUGACUAUGGAGCCCGGGGGAUUUCUGCUGCCCCGGUAUCUGAACGCGGCGUCGAUUGGAUACGUGCUGGAAGGGUCUGCUAGGGCGCGUGUGGUUACCCCCUUCGGGCCUACCAACCUGCCCCGUCUGAAGCAGGGUGACGUGGUCGCCAUCCCUGAGGGCUACGUCAUGGGCCUGCACAAUGACGGCAGCGAGAAGUUUAGGGUUUUGGGCGUCGCCGACGCCGCGGCCGCGCACGCGGAGGGCUUGAAGAACAUCACGGCGAGUCAUCAUCUCUACGUGCCGAAGCUUGACUUCCAUUUGAUAUCUGGACAGAAUACUGACUGGAAAAUAAAGAGUUCUGUCAGAAGUACUCUUAGCUUGAAGUGGCC